CACUUUAUAAAAUGGGUAUACAUGAUACGGGAAGGCGUGAGUUUUGUGGGCAUGAAGAAACCGUGGAACAUGUUAUCAUGUACUGUAAAAAAUAUGAGACUGAAAAAAAGGAUGCUAAUGCAAAAUUUACAAAAAAAUAAGAAUGCAAUUUAUACCGAGAUAUAUUUUACAAAAUAACUCGAGAAAUGAAUGUUAUAUUUUUAUUUUUUAGUUCCUUAAAUUAGCUAAUUUGUGGAAGAGAAUAUAUAUAUUAAAAAAAGGGAGAAGAGCAAGGGAGUAAGUCACUUUGAUCCACACUCCAUACCAGCUGGUGGCGGAAAUACGCCAUUUUGAAGUAGAAUUCUGCUGUGCUUUAGUAAAAUCUCAAAUUUGAGUUAUACUUUAUUUAUCAGUGUAUUAAUUUAGACUGAUAAUCCCGAAAUAAAGAAAUUAAUCUAUAUGUAACAACCGAUUCAACGCUUGUACAAGCAACGCAGUUUAACCGAAGACGUUUAUACGUUAACCCUUAGCGUUCCUUGAAUUUUUCUGCUGUUCUGUGCCGCCGGUGUUUGCUGCCUUGUGCCCACUCAAAUUUCCCCCCAGCUUCCGAACGCGAUUUCGGGAUUGAUAAAGAGAAUAUAGAACGGGAUUGAUAAAGAAAAUAUAGUUUUGUUUGCUUUAUUGUUUUUUGUUUUGUUUUGAGAAUUGGAUAUACUCUGGUCCGCACAGUAGGUGGCGAUAAUGCACCUUAACGUUGGUGCUACCCGCCAUUAAACAAAAAGAAGAGGAGGAAGAAGAGGAGGAAGAAGAGAAGGGAGACGAACACAAAUCACGUCCCUUAAAAACAUUACUUACUAUAUUUUUUUCAAGUUCUAAAAGAUUUCUGAAGAAUACAAAGGAAAUAAUUGCGGAGUACCUGCAUCAAUUCGAAACUGGCUCCUCCACUGCCUGUUACGAUGCCUGCUCUACUGGAAAGACCAAAGCUGUCCAGUGCGAUGGCCAGAGCCCUGCAUAAGCAUAUCAUGAAAGAGAGAGAGAGGAAAAGGCAAGAAGAAGAAGAAGUGGAUAAGAUGAUGGAACAAAAAAUGAAAGAAGAAGAGGAAAGGAAACGAACUAAAGAAAUGGAGGAACGAAUGUCUUUGGAAGAAACUAAAGAACAGGUUCAAAAAAUGGGGGAAAAAUUGCAGGUUUUGCAAGAGGAGAAACAUCAGCUCUUCUUACAGCUUAAAAAAGUCCUCCAUGAGGAGGAAAAGCGUCGAAGAAAGGAGCAAAGUGAUAUUACAACACUGCCCUCAGCCAGUUACCAAACCAGCUUACCUUUGCACUCAGGACAGCAUCUACUCAGCAUACAAGGCAGUCCAGUGAGUCACAACAGAGCUAGUGCUCUGUUAGGGGAACGUAGUAAACAGCUUUUUCAGACACCUCUGAUACCUGGCCAUCACUUCCCCAGCCAGCCAGGUUUCCCCCCUGGUUCCUCAGAGCAUGGGCAGUUCUCAAGCAGCACUGCGGUCCAUGAGCCAUUUGCUGUCACCCAGGCCCAGCAUCACACCUCUUACGGUCCUGCUGCUUCUGUGCCCAUCAGUUUUGCAGGCACUACCCAGAUAAGAGGGCUUGCAUCAGGGUGUCUCCAAACUCAAUCCUGGAGGGCCAGUGUCCUGCAGAGUUUAGCUCCAGCCCUAAUUAAACACACCUGAACCUACUAAUCAAGGUCUUUCUAGCAAAACCACUAGAAGGCAAGCCUGCAACCUUUAGCCAAAAAAGCGUAACGGCUAAAGCUAACACUGCUGCGCAGGGAAGGUGUCCAGAUGAAGUUUUUUAAUGGAUGUCAAUGGACGAGAGGCUACGCUACACUGAAUAAACAGCUUUUUUGAGGAAAUAGUGUAUCAUUUAUUAAAUCAACAGCCUAUCGGCUAAUCUUCAAUAUGUUUUACCCUAAACCUCACAUUCAUUCCAUAAACGGCGAUUGAGUAACACACAAGUCUGACUGAAAUUCAAUGAUGUCAAGUCUGUAAUUAUCAAGUGUGGUUAUCAAGGCACACAUGAUCCAAGUUGACCGUUACGUUUUCUCCAAUAGUAAGUAAUACAGACCCUCUUAUCUCCCAACAGUAAGACAAUUUCUGUUACUAGUCAUGCUAGAAACUACCAGGCAGAUGUGUUGAGGUAUGUUGGAGCUGAACUCUGCAGGAGACCGGCAGAGAAAUGGAGCAAGCUGUAACUAUGUAUGAUUAUCAGGGCCAGAAUAUAUGCAGACAAACUUACUAAGACACAAAAGCUGUGUUUAUGUUUACUUCAAUGUCUUUGUGGUUAUCACAGUAUCAUUUCACAUCAAAACACAUCACACUGAACAGUUAAAAGCUCUUCAAUGUGAAUCUCAGAAGCAUAAAACAGUCUUAAGAUUUUGUAUAUAAAUGCACCUUAUAUAUUAUGAGCAGGUUAUAUUUAAGUAAAAUCAUUCUCAGAAAGACAAAAUAUCUGGAACAGAAACUAUUUUUGCACCAUUUCUGACCACAAUAUCUCUUGCAGUUGUGCCACAUUCAGACCUAUGACCUGAAAGGCUUGUGUUUUAGCAGGUUACACCACCCAACUGACACACAUACCCCAGCCUGCUGAGGAGAGCUUUCAAACCAAGAAUGAGCACACAAAAGUAUUACUUAGCAUGUUAACUGAUUAACAUGGUAAGCUAACUUAACAGCUGACAUAGU